CCGAGCAGCGGGAGGAGCGGCUGCUGCACGCCGAGCUCCAGCCCUGAGCCUGCUGGCACCUGCAGCCCUGCUGCAUUGUCCCCGUGCCCCUGCUGGCUCCCUGGUUACCAUCUCAGCUCCAUCUCCUCCUCUUCCUCCUCCUCCUCCUCCUCCUGAGCUCUAAUCCCCGCAGACUCGGCGCUGAGCGCGAGCAGCCAACAGGAGUUGCUUUGUCUGUGCUGACCUGGCGUUCCUGCUUCCACUCUGGAGGAGAUGGGGCGCAAGGAGGAGGAUGGCAGCGGCUCCUGGAAGAAGCAGACCAGCAACAUCCGCAAAACCUUCAUCUUCAUGGAGGCCCUGGGAUCAGGUGCCUUCUCAGAAGUUUUCCUGGUGAAGCAGAAAAGCACUGGCAAGCUCUUUGCUCUGAAAUGCAUCAAGAAGUCUCCUCUCAACAGGGACAGCAGCCUGGAGAAUGAAAUAGCAGUGCUGAAAAAGAUAAAGCAUGAAAACAUCGUGACUUUGGAAGAUAUUUAUGAGAGCACAACCCACUUCUACCUGGUCAUGCAGCUGGUGUCUGGGGGAGAGCUGUUUGACAGGAUCUUGGAGCGGGGCGUUUACACGGAGAAGGACGCGAGCCUGGUGAUCCACCAGGUGCUGACAGCUGUCAAAUACCUCCACGAGAACGGCAUCGUGCACCGGGACCUCAAGCCUGAGAACCUGCUGUACCUCACCCCCGAGGAGAACUCCAAAAUCAUGAUCACGGAUUUCGGGCUGUCGAAAAUGGAGCAGAACGGGAUCAUGUCCACGGCCUGUGGGACUCCAGGAUACGUGGCCCCCGAGGUGCUGGCCCAGAAGCCCUACAGCAAGGCCGUGGACUGCUGGUCCAUCGGGGUCAUCACCUACAUCCUGCUCUGUGGGUACCCUCCUUUCUAUGAGGAAACCGAAUCCAAACUCUUUGAGAAGAUUAAGGAAGGCUACUACGAGUUCGAGUCACCGUUUUGGGACGAUAUCUCCGAGUCAGCCAAGGACUUCAUCCGGCAUUUACUGGAGAAGAACCCGAGCGCGAGGUUCACCUGCGAGGAGGCCCUGCGGCACCCCUGGAUUAAUGGAAAUACAGCCCUUCACCGUGACAUCUACCCAUCUGUCAGUGCUCAGAUCCAGAAAAACUUUGCAAAGAGCAAAUGGAGGCAAGCCUUCAACGCCGCGGCCGUCGUGCACCACAUGAAGAAGCUGCACAUGAGCGGCCACGGGGCGGCCGAGGGCUCUGGCCCUGCCACAGAGAGCCCAGAGCCCCCCAGGCCCAGCAGCCCCACGGGGACCCCCCCGCCAGCAGCGCCAAGCGAUGACAAGGACGCAGCUCAGGGGCACCCAAACCCACCCAAACCCCCUCAGCCCCAGCAGGACACGGGAAUGGGGGAGGAGGGACCCCUGCCCAGGGACAGCAGCCUGGCCCUGCCGGACACCCCCAGCCCCCCAGAGGAGGGACCCCUGCCCGGGGACAGCAGCCUGGCCCUGCCGGACACCCCCAGCCCCCCGGAGGAGGGACCCCUGCCCAGGGACAGCAGCCUGGCCCUGCCGGACACCCCCAGCCCCCCGGAGGAGGGACCCCUGCCCAGGGACAGCAGCCUGGCCCUGCCGGACACCCACAGCCCCCCGGGCAGGAGCUCCUGUGGCUGCAGCCCCUCCUGUGUGGGCCAUGAGAAGACAAAGGCGUCCUCCUGCUCCGAGACAGUGCUGCUCAAAAAGUCUUCAAAAUCCCAUCAUUUCAAGUCAGAGGUUCUUGUUCCAAUGAAAGCCAGUAAACACUCGUCUCACUGUGGCACUGGGCAAACUGGAGUUUGUUUGAUCAUGUGAUGGAGGCAGCCACAUGCUCAGAGAACCAGAAGGGCUCUUUUACUCUUUUCUGCACUUCAGAGCCAGAGACCAGCAGAGUGAGCAGGAAAGGAGGCUCUGCCCUGCCAGCAGCUCUGGGGAGCAGUGACCAGCUGUGGCCAGGGGCACAGUGCCAGGAUCCAUCCCUGCAGUCUGCUCGGGGUGUUUCUGGAUCAUUCCAGCUGGGAGGAGGCGAGGGAAGGCCUGAGGCUCCUGCUCCCACACCCAGUGUACAUUACCAUGGGGCAUCACCAGUGCUGCGAGCUUCUGUUUCCUGCUCCCUUUAGUUGUCAAUGCACAAACGCCCUGCACAACAUCAGCCCCACAAACCAAAGCCAGGCAGAGCUUUACUCCCGUGGCAGCUCCGUUGUUUUUACAGCCCUCACCCUCUCCUCUCCUUGGGCUUGGUUAGUCCCAGGCUUUGGCUCCCUGGAGUUCAGCUGCCCGGGCUGCUCAGCCCUCAGUGCAGCUGCAAGGGGAGAGAGAACCUGCUAGAAACCUCCCUGUGUGUGACAAUGCCACAGCAAGGGCUGAGCUCCCCUUCCAAGGCUGUAAUUGCACAAUGAACACUGGCUUAAUAAAGCUGAGAUUUGUUUUGUAAA